AUGAGCACUACUACGCCUCCUUUCUUUGAGAUCCCAGAUUGGGACAUGUCCCAUCAUGAUCAUAACAAUGUUUCACACACUUUCUGCUCCCAAUCAUUCUUCACAACCAACAAUAAUGGAUUAUUCACAACCCAUGUUGUUAAUCACCCUUCUUUCAUUAAUAACAAUUCAUCUCUUUCCUUUGAUGAUGAUAUCAUUGACUUCUCCAUUGAUUAUUCACAAUCACAAUCACCAACAACCACAGAGAACAUCAAGAAGAAGAAGCAGCUUGAAGAUGAUGAAGAAGAACAAGUUGAUGGUGACAAGGGAAUUAGAAGAAAUUACAUAGGAGUUCGGAAAAGGCCAUGGGGGAAAUUCGCAGCGGAAAUUCGAGACACAACAAGGAAUGGAAGAAGGGUUUGGCUUGGAACAUUCGAAAGUGCAGAAGAUGCUGCUUUGGCUUAUGAUCAAGCUGCAUUCUCCAUGAGAGGCUACAAGGCUGUUCUCAACUUUCCAUUCAAAAGGGUCAAAGAUUCUUUGCAAGGAAUCAUGAUGGAUUCUGAUUCUUGUUCUUGUUCUUCACCUGCACUUGCACUCAAAGAGAGGAAUUGCAUCCAAAGGAAGUUGUCAAAGACUAAAAAGAAAAGGGAAUCAUCAGAGAAAUCUUCAUCAUCAUCAUCAUCAACAACUAAUGUGAUGGUGUUUGAGGAUUUGGGGGUUGAAUAUCUAGAACAACUCCUUAGCAUUUCAGAUCAAAAUUAG